AUGGUCGGUGUCCCGAGCAGCCGCGGGUGCAACUCUUGUCGAAAGGCAAAGAAGAGGUGUGAUCAAAAGCAGCCAAAAUGCGGCCGCUGUAUCAGACUUGGGGAUGAGUGCGUAGGCAGUGGGACAAGACGCUUCAAAUUUCAUCAGUACAAGCCUGAUACGCACACUACUCAACUCAUCACACCUCCUGCUGAACCACCAAGCAAUGAUACGACUAGACUGACGGCGGAGUUUAUAUCGCUUAUGGAAAUUGAUGAUGAUCGGUUUGGUUUCGAAGCAUAUGGCCCUUAUUUCUUUGCAGAUCUUCCUCGGCGUAUGGGCUCGAAUUCUGCCCUUGAUACCACCACUUCUGCCAUGAUUGCAUCGUUCCAAGCAAUUCGCCUGAGAAAGACUGCUGACAAAAAGACCUUUUCUCUUUAUGGGAAGGCGUUGAGGUCCUUGCAGAGCUGUUUGAGUGAUGAUAAUCAACCGGUUAUGCUUAAGCUGGAACUCGUUUUGAUGAUGAUGCUAUGCCAGAUCUGGCUUGAUAACAAGCAUGCCAAUAAACAUCGAGGGGUAAUAGCGUAUUUAUUGAAAGAAGCUGUAUCUCAGGGCGAGAUUCUUCACUCAGGAGAUAUACGAGCAUGGUGCUUACAAGCGAUAUACGCCGCCCUAUGCGACCCAAAAGUUGAACUCGGCUCAUGGUUCUGGGACGUAGCCGUCCAAGACAAUAUCAUGACACGACCAUACCACUACGAACAGAACCUCUACUGCUUCGAACUCGGAGCAAUAGGCGACUUACCCGUGUUUCUUCGAGAUCCUGAGAGAUAUCUCUACCAGUUGAAAUGCUACUACAACACUCUCUCUCAAGAACGACUAGUGAUGAAGAAACUCUACGAAGAAGCCAUGGUGGCAACACUCCCAACGGAUGCAUCGCCUGCGUGUAGAAUGAAAGCCAUAGAGUACGCCUCCGGCCACGCAGGUCUUCUCGUCCAAGCAGCACUCAUUGGCCCAGCACUCAAGCCCUUUGGCGUUCUUCCAGAUUACACACAAGAUUCUCACGAGAUAUGCGAUGAUGCAAUACUACUUGCACAUCGAUGCCAGACAUUCAGGCCAUGCGGGGCGUCCUACGUGCCUGAGCUGUUAAAGUUGGUCUGGGCAUCUUUGGAUGAUGGAUAUAGACAUGAGGAGCUGGAGAAGUUGAUGGAUGAGUAUGCUGAGGACGUUCAGGGUGCGAGCUAUCUUGAGGAGGCCAAGAUUAUGAGGAAGAGGCUUGACAGUAUUGGCUGGAGCGAUCAACAGCGGUUCUUGGAGGGGAGGGAUGAAGGAGUAGAGACACCGCCGCCGUGUGUGAUUUUGUGA